AUGUACGAUGGAUCUGGACUAGUUCGAUCUUAUACGGCAUUUUCAAUACACGAAUCAGUCCCCAAGCCAAUAGAUUCGCCAACCCUCGCCGCUCGUUGCUGGGAGCUCAUCCCACAGGCAAUUAUCAAGUAUGAGGGUGUUUAUCAAAUUGAGCGUGGCUGGAGAAUGCUGGCGGGAGUCAGCGACUAG